GCCAUUCCAAAAAAAGUAAAAAAAACUGGAGUGCAAUAUAUAAACCUCAUUUAUUUUAAUCUCAGCAACAGCUCCUUUCUUCCAUUAAAAAGCAUGGCAGAUAUUGACUUGGAGCGGACAGACCCAAAAUUAUCAAGACAUCCCAUGAAGCAUCUCUUUCAAUCUCGUUUACUGCUGUCAUUAUGCUGUUGUGUGUUUGCUUUGACUCUACUAUUUAAUUUCAAAUAUAGUUCAAACUAUUCAAUAGAUCAAGGCUCAGUUCAGUUUAAUGACUCAUCUCAAUAUACAGAUUACGCUCUACUAGAACAACUAUUACUACAAGAUAGCUCAACAAGUACAUUACCUCGAGAUCAUCUCUUUAUUCAGAAACUGGCUAGAGAUAGCAUACAGGGACAUACAAUGCAUCAGCUUGUUCAGUAUCAAUCACCCUCUGUUACUGUCACUGCUAUCCUGCGGUCUCAUAUUCAAUUGACACAACAGCUUCGACAUGUGUUAUCACAGACAAUAGUUCCAGAUCAUAUAUGGAUUAUCGGUGAUCAAAAGAUAGAAAACAAUGAGCGUGUGAGAUAUGUAGACGCAAAGGAUAUAGUAGAAGCCAUUUCGUUGGCAGAUGCAGAUUACGUGUGGGUAUUAGAUCACGAUACAUUGCCUGGAAAGCGGUAUUUGGAGUAUGCACUCAAGGUCAAUUCAUCACCUGAAUAUAAUAAUGCUCUGGUCGGUACAGGAGCUUAUCGCGAUGGUCAAUGCAUCUCGGCAAUAGAAAGGAGUCAGGUGGUAGAUGUCGUACGUGAUAGCUGGGUGAUCAAAAAAUCAUGGAUACCCUUCUUAAAGCGUGAAAAGAAAGGGAAGGAGGAGGCGUUAAGCACAUUCAUCAGUCGUGUGCUCUAUACCCAUGGCAUACCGUCAGUCGCCUUACCUUCAACUGAUUUGGAUUAUAUGGCUCAUACAAAGCCUCGUGAGACAUGCAAAGAGGACUCUUCUUGGAGAAAAAAGCUUCCAAACGAUGCGAUUCUGUUUUAUUUUAACUUACCACAGAUGGAGGAGCUUGUAUGUCGAUUUGUAGACAAUAAUGUGGUGAUCGUAUCCGACAUCGAGAUAAAGCAAUGUAAAAAUGACAGUUGGCCUGUAUUCAAGGCAUCAGACGAUAUAUCACCCAUUUUGAAUCUAGUACAGCCUAAGCUAGUGAUAUCCGAUACAAGGUUAUAUCAAGCGGAGAUACCCAUCAUUUAUUUAUCAAAACGUGAUAUUCCUCAUUCAUUUUGGUUGACUGACUUACCAGUAGACAUAUUGGCAGAAUGGAACUCGAUUUCUAUAAAAAUCAUGGUGAACGUGGACAAGAAGCACGACAAUUAUGAGCGAUUGAUAACUUCAUUAGAUAAGGCGCAUUAUUUGGGCGAUUCUGUUGACCUGACAUUUUUGAUGGACUAUGCCGCUGAUCGCACUAUCCAACGCCUCGCUAAUCAUUACCAAUGGAAGCAUGGUCGCAAGUACCUUCGUCAUCGAAUCGUUCAGACACACAGGAUGGCGCUCUUUGCCGAAUCCUGGUAUCCAUCGAGCAACGAUGAGUAUGCCAUCCUGCUCGACACCGAACUUGAGCUCUCUCCUCAUUUUUACAGCUGGGCCAAGUAUGCCAUAUUACAGUACCGCCACCAGUCAAAAAAACUGUUUGGUAUUAGUCUCUACCGACCCAACAUGAUCGAAACAGACUCUGGAGGACGUCGAUUGUUCACUGAACGACCUCAUGGCCCCUUCUUGAUGCAGUGGCCAAGUCAUUCGGGUGCAGUCUUUUUUCCUGAACACUGGAGAGAAUUUCACGAUUAUAUGACAGCAAGGCUAGCCGAUCGAACUGGACAUAGAAUGCAGGAUGUAACGAUACCAGAGUCAAGAGUAAACGAGUGGAAACUAUCAUGGAGAAAGUAUUUUGAGGAACUAGUCUAUCUCCGGUCGUAUGUCAUGCUUUAUCCUUCCACCAGCCUCUCUACUCGCCAUAUCGAGCUAAAGAAAAAGAGUCAAAAGGAAAAAUUCAAGGAUGCACUGUCUCUGUUUGAAGUGCCCCUUAUGACCAAUGCUUCUCAGCUUCAUUUACCUGCAUCCUUUGACUUGCUGCCUAUUUAUGAUUAUUAUGGUCACUUGUCUGAUAUGAAAACAAUGGAAAAGAGAGGAGGAGAUCUACAGGAUUCUAUAUCCGCUUGUUUACCCAAUACCGAGCAGAACUUUGAUCCUUCUGACUUGUUGUGUCCCUUUGGUAAAAUCGUUACCGUCACAGUAGAGAAUGAAGACGACCCAGUUCCAGAACUGCCACCGAAAAAAGUUGAUGUUUAUGUAUAAAUUUAACCUCCGAGAAAAUAAAAAGAAGCGAUUUCUUUCCUUUUUCAAA